UACUGGUACAGUUAACAUUUUGAGUUCUGCAUCCUGUUUUAAUAUGUUAUGUAUUUGUACAUAUGUCAUUUCCCUUAAAAAGACAAAUACACAGCUUUGACGAGAAGGAGUACACUGAUUGUAAGACAGAAAACAUUUAUUAGGUACAAUCCUUUUCUUAGAAUAUAGGGGAGAAAUGCCAAAAUUGAGCCUUUUCAACAAUGAAAAUAACAGUUACUUGCAGCCCUAUGCUCAUAAUAAAUCUGAAAUGACCGCUGCGCCCCUCAGCGUCCAGAGGACAGCCACAGGUAACUCACAGGUAAACGUUUAGCCCAGCAGAGGGAUGUGCACUUUUGAUAAGGACAAAGGGCCGAGGAGGCUGAUGAAAAAGGGAUUGACUCUAAUCCUGGUUGGCCAUAUCAACUUCAUCCUUGGAGCUAUUGUCCAUGGCAAUGUCCUCCGCCACAUUUCCACACCCAGUCAGCACAUCACCACUCAAUACACUGUUGCCAACAUCAUCUCUGUCACCUCUGGCCUGCUGAGCAUUGCCACUGGGAUUAUUGCCAUUGUUGUGUCAAGGAACCUUCAUGUUUUAAAACUGCAAAUAGGACUUCUCAUUGCAUCAUUUCUGAACGCCCUGCUUUCAGCAGCAUGCUGCACUGGGCUCCUCUUUGCCAUCAGUAUCACUAUUGCUCAUGAUGGUGAGGGUUUGAUGACCGGAUGCAAUGACACAGAGGUGCCCAUCAAUGCUCGGUCACCUGUCAGUGCCAGAUGCCCGUUUGAUACAACACGAAUCUAUGAUACCACCCUGGCGAUGUGGAUCCCUUGUGCUUUGUUUUCAGCAGUUGAGGCUGGUCUGUCUGUCUGGUGCUUCAUCGUUGGUUUGGCUCUAAGAGGCCUGGCACCCUGUUGUAACAGCUACAUCAAAGAGCAGUUGGAGGAGGAAGCUGAGGGCGCUCCCCACAGCCAACGCCUGAUUGGACAGCGCUUGAACCCUGAUGCCUAACAGAGCAGAGAACAGGAAGGACAGCACUCCUUGUAGAUAAGCAAAAUCCCAAAUGGCAUUGCUGCACCUGAGACCAGUAGAUUUUGCCCUACAGUCAGAUAGGUGAGUGUUAAUAUAUGAAAUCAGUUUUAAGAAGCUGGACCAUGCUUUGCUGUAUCAUACAGCCACAUACCCUGAUUCACAGAUAAAUUACCAAACGGCUCUAUUUGUUUUCAUUGAUAAACCAAACAGUUUAUUUAGUGAAGCUGUGAGCUGAAUACAGUUGGGUUAAAGCUGUGAUUGGUAAUGUUUAUAAACUUGUAUAACUUUUUGUCAUAUUUACUGAAGCAUGACAGAUGAUCUUUGAAAAAACAUGGCAAAAAACUGGUAAAUUGACAUUACCACACAUCAAUGAAGGAAACGAGUCUCUAACUGAGCUGUCAAUCAUGUCAAUCACUACACGUGAACUGUGGUCAAACUGUCAAACUCGACGGCGCCGAUCAAAUAUGAAUAAAGAUAGCUGGAACAUGAGAGUUUGUGACCCGGCCAGAGGGUGGUGUUUUUUGUUGUUUUUUUUUUUGGCUCCGCUGUAUCCAACAUGGGGGCCAGGUCACAAACCUUCUCAUUUUACAGCUCAACUGUACACUAAUAUGCUUCUGAAAACCACUGAGGCGAGAAAUGGGCAAUGCAGUAACAGAAUCUUGAUUCAUAUUUGAUCAGUGCUGCCUAGUUUGACAGUUUCACAAAGUUUCAUGCUGUUCGCAAUAUGAAGAUGUGAUUGGCAGCUGCUCUCAAGACUUCUCAGCUCUGACUGGUUGUUUUCAGUGAGCCACAGUCUACUCUAGCAAAUGCCAUUGGUGAGAAUAGGAGAAGGAGAGGGGACAUAAUUCUCCUUCAUAACUCUAUGUGUCAUAUAUGAUACUGUGAGUAUGUAGUUACAGUUUCAACAAACAUGACUAAAGAUUAUAUUUUUUAAAAGUUACUAACUGUAGUUUUAAUGUCGGGUCAUCUGUACAAUUAUGAAACCCAUAAAUGGGAAAUUAAUUUACAGUGACUCAGCAAAAUAACUCACCAAAUGUUUCUUUCAGUAGGUGUAUUGCAAAGUGCUGAUCCUCCUGUGCACAUAAUAGGACUAUGUGUGCAUAUAUGUGUGUGGAAGCUGAAUAGAGGUGUAAAUGUAGUAUUAUCAGUAUCCAUGCAUGACUGUUUAGGUUCAAAUAUACCAGCUAUGUCACGUCUUUUAGUAAACCAAUGUUUAUGAAGGAAAUAGGUUUUUAUAUCUAGUGAAACUUUCUUUGAUCAUUUAUUAAGGUACAUUUUUGUUUUUAUGAACUCUUGCUUUCAGCAAAACAUAUUUUA